AUGUCGACCGCUACUGUUACAACACCGACUAUUACGACAUCAGCCCCUUCGGUUUCUUCUUCGCUAUCACUACCAAAACCAUCUUCAAAACUUGAAGAUUCCAAGAAAAAAGAACCAGAAGAAACUGUAAAUUCAACUUCAAACUCGAAUUCCAACUCCAGAAAUGACACUAAACAAAAUUCUCGUGGGAAAACACUUCGAAUUACAAAACCAAGUUUCCGAAAUCAUGACGCAAAGGUGUCUUCUGUAUCAACACAAACCGCCGGAACAUCGACUAAAAUGUUAACCCCCAAAUCACCAUAUUUCGUGUAUUCUUACCUGGAUCCGUCGGCAGGUUCGCAUUUGGACGAACUUGAAGUACAAACUGACACAGAUCCACAGACCACAAAUUAUAGUAAAUUGGCUGAAACUGCUGUUGGUGUGAGAGAAAUCUCAAAGAAAUUAGCUCGAGCGCGUAUUCGAACGGUCAUGAAAACGGUAAUGCUUGUUACCAAGCCAAGUGAUGUUCGUCUUGUUAAACUUACGCGAGAACUAGCCAUGCAUUUGAUAACAACGCCUCGAUAUGGCAAAGAUUAUGGUGUUGUCGUGUAUGUAGACGAAAAUCUCAAAAAUGAAAAAAGAUUCAAAUACGAAGAGUUGUUAAAGUUAUCACCAUUGGUCAAAGACCAUCUUAAAUUCUGGACAAAGGAAUUAUGCGCGGAAAAAUCAGAGGUUUUUAAUUUUGUCCUUACGCUUGGUGGUGAUGGAACUGUUCUCUAUACAUCAUGGUUGUUUCAAAAAGUUGUUCCUCCGGUGAUGUCGUUUCACUUGGGAUCUUUGGGAUUUUUGACAAAUUUUGAUUUUCAAACUCAUCCUGAACAUCUUGCUGAUGCUAUGGAAAAAGGAAUUCGUGUGAAUCUUCGAAUGCGUUUCACAUGCACCGUGUAUCGUCGCGUCGUCGCAUCCGGCAAUCAAAUGGUGGCAAAAAGAUGCGGUGAGACUGGUGAAAUUAUGAUGGAAAAUUUAAUUAAAGGCAAUGGAAGUUGGGAUGCUGUGGAAAGUAAAACUCCUAUUGGUUCAACAGUCGAGCACCAUUGUGCACUCGAUAAGAAUUUGCCGUGUUUUAUUACUCAGCCGGCGGAAACUUUCGAAGUUUUGAACGAUUUGGUAGUUGAUCGUGGUGCAGGACCCUACAUGAGUUUAUUAGAACUAUUUGCCGAUGAUGAGCAUAUGACCACAGUUCAGGCGGAUGGUUUAGUCGUUGCAACUCCAACUGGAUCAACAGCAUAUUCUGUUUCAGCUGGUGGAUCACUUGUUCAUCCAGAGAUAUCGGCACUUUUGAUCACUCCAAUCUGUCCACACACUUUAUCAUUUAGACCGAUGCUUUUACCUGAUUCAAUGGAACUCCGGAUAUGUGUUCCAUUUAAUAGUAGAAGCACAGCUUGGGCUAGUUUUGAUGGACGGGGUAGACUCGAAUUGAAAAGGGGAGAUCAUAUCAAAAUUACUCCGUCAAAAUUUCCAUUUCCGUCCGUGUGUUUGGAUAAUCAAUCACGUGAUUGGUUUAAUUCACUGACACGAUGCCUGAAAUGGAAUGAACGAGAAAGACAAAGAGGAUUUGUGGUAGUAGAAGAUAACGUCACCGAUAAUGAAACUGAUAUUGACGAUAAAGGAAACCACGAUAUUGAACCUUACAAUCAUCAUAAUAGUCCAAGUGAUGAUGACACGUCGACAAAAGUAGACGAUGAAAAUGAACAAGGGGAGAGAAAUGAGAACAGUGGAGAUUUUGGUGUCACUAAUACUCGAAAACAAACACCACCACCUCAUAGUUCUCACAAGCCUAAUAAUUUUCACCACCACCAUCACGAACACUAUACGUUCGCUUGUAUUGGACGAGAUUGUAGUAGUGAAGAGACGGGAAGUGGAAGUAGUGAACAUGAAGAGGAUAGUGAUACAGAAAAAUGGCGUGUUGUCACUCGUGGAAGAAAUGGUAAAAAAUAG